AUGACGGAUCGGCACGGAUAUUUGAGGGAACUGGAGGGGCUAGCGAGGGCGGUGGAGGUGGUGGUGGAGGGAGUGGAGGGAGUGGGGGUGGUGGUGGGAGUGGCGGCGGGGGUGGCGGCGGCGGUGGCAGCAGUGGAGGCGGAGAAGGCGGCGGUGGUGGCAGAGGGAGCGGAGGCGGCGGAGGUGGUGGUGGAGGCAGAGGUGGCAGAGGCGGCGGAGGCAGCGGCGGCGGCGGCGGUGGCGGUGGAGCGGGUCGCGACUCUGCGCAGAGGAGUGGGUCCGGUGGUAGACGCAGUCAAGCCUAUCGAGGUAGCUGUUGACUCUGGUGUUGUUAGAGCUGCUAAGCCUGCGGGUGCCGCGUCAGGGCGUGCUCAGUCUGGGGGUCGUGAGCCUGGGGGUGCUGAGUCUGGGGGUGCUGAGCCUGGGGGUGGUGCUCAUCCUGGAGGUACUGGAGCUGCUCGGACUGGUGGUGCUGUUGGGGCUGCUGGAGUUGAUCCUGGUGGAGCUGCUGGCGGUACUGGAGCUGCCGGUCCUGCUGGAGUUGGUGCUGCUGGAGCUGCUGGAGCUGGAACUGCUAGGGGUGUUGGCGCUCGUGUUUCUGCUGGCGCUGGUGCAUUUAAGGGUGCUGGAGUUGGCGCUGCUUGA